GUUUAUUCCACAGCAUACGUUUUGGAUCUAAAUGGUGUUUUGAAUGCUUUUUAAACAUUGUUGCAGCGGUUGAAGCAAAAGGAAAUAACUGUAACCAUACUCAUAUUAUAUGUAUAUAAAUAAGAAAAUAGAGAAAAACAAACAGGGGACGUAUAUUUUAUUUUUAUCAGAGUUAUCUACCUUGAGCACACUCUCUAUGACCUAAUUUUGACCGACGAAUGUCCGACUGUCUAUGAUUCUAGAUGUAAGAUUGAAAGUAGCGUUAUGUAUUUGAUCUUUAUCUGAACUUAUAAACGACAUAAAGGAAGGAUGUCGACAAUGGAUACAGAAGUGGAGAAGAUGGAUGUGACAGAUAUCAGUUGCUACCAGUCGGAAUUGUACGAAAGUAUUGUGAACAAAGAUGAUGACUGUAUGGAACUUGUGAAGAAAUAUGAAGACGUCAUCAGAAAAGAAAUUGAAAUCAAGGUUGGUACAUUGUGUCAGUGUGGACGGGAAUUUGAAAAAGUUUUUAUACAAGAAACUCACCAAUCAAAAGAAGUGUUUGAAAAAAUGUCCCAAAUGAUACGUCAUGGCAAUUGUUCAUGUGGACCUGUCCAUUACAUCAAUGGGGCUGUUUUCAAAUUCACAUUUGUCCACGUUGCUGCCUCGGCAAACAACGUGGAACUGUUGCGACUGCUUGCAUCCAAUGGCGAAUUGUUAAAACAGCAGACACCAUUAAUGAAUCUUUCGCCUAUAUAUAUUGCUGUGACCCUGGGAAACGAAGAAGCUACAGAUUUCCUCCUCACACAGGAUAUAGAUAUUAACGCUGCUUGUACCGCAGAACAUUUUACAAUCCUGAUGCGUGCUGUGCAGCAGAAAAAGGUCAAGCUGGUUGAAAGAAUAUUGCGAUUUCCUGGUGUAAAUGUUAAUAUGAAGAACUUGCGUGGGGAGAGCCCUGCCACUUUGUCAUUACAUCGGCAAUGUAAAGAGAUAUUCGACAUGGUGAUAGAUGCUGGAGCAGACGUCAAUGUUACAAUUGGAAUGAGUGACAACAGUCUGCUUAUGAUAGCCGUCACUAAAGGAAUGGGCUAUGUUACUAAACUUAUUGAAAAGGGCGUGGAUGUGAACUACACCAAUCCACGGAACGAGUCAGCUCUGCACUUUGCUGUGUAUGUAGACAAUGCCAGGGUUGUAAAAGUGCUGUUGGAUGCUAAAGCUGAUCCAGACCUUAGAGUGUUAGGUGAUCGAAUGACUCCCAUAGUGAUUGCUGCCAGCCAGGGGGAAACAGCUGUGGUGGAAGUCCUUGCCAGAAACGGAGCAGACGUCAACAUACCUUCUGUUCAGGGGUACAACGCAGUGCACAUGGCAGCAUGGAAUGGCCACACAGCCAUGCUAAAGGUUCUGCUAGAGUGUGAAGGAAUAGAGCAUGACAGGAUGACAUCCGACAAAAACACUCCCCUGGGACUAGCGUGUCACGGAGGCCACCAACAGGCAGUUGAGAUGCUGCUGCCAAUGGGUUGUAAUGUGAACAAUCAAGACAAAGACGAUGACACCGCCUUGCUCUAUGCUACAUACAAUGGCAUGACGGACACCGUACGAUUGCUUCUGGAACACGGAGCAGAUCCUGACCUUAGAAAUAAAUCCAAUGUCUCGCCACUAUGGAAUGCUAUAUACGGGAAACAUACGGAGAUUGUAAAAAUACUGCUUGGAAUGAAUGUGGUAAUGGAGGUUAAUAGUGUAGGCACAAACCAGCACUCAAACUCGAACGCAGUCGUGCCACUCUUCAAUUCCCCAAGGUCCACUCUGUACGUGGCUGUCCACCAUGAGUGUACAGAUAUUGUGUACCUUCUCCUCUCUGCCGGAUACAAUGUGAAUGGAGAACAAUGGCUCCUGAGGGGAGACUAUUCCGAGUUUGAGCAACAGAAAAACAUUUUGACAGUUUUAACGAAGCAGGCUAGUCAACCGCCUCGCCUCAUUUCUAUCUGUCGUAACUAUUUCAGGAGGUAUGGUGAUCGUCUCAAGAUCAAGGAACUGGUGCAUGCCCUUGAUAUACCAAGAUACUUGAAAAAUUACCUGUUACUGACUGAUUUAUUGACCAAGUCCUGCCCAGGGGGUAGGAAAUCUCUGUCAAAUUUUAGAACAGGGGAAAUCUCUGUAAACAAACCCCAGCGACACGAGGUUGAAUUUUUUCUGCCCCAAUUUGCAAAGGACAAAAGUCAUAUGACGGAUGAAGGUAAGGAACCAGAGUUAGUCACAUCCAAAAACCCGAUAGAGCAACAUCGUAAAAUACAGGAAUCAGGUAGGUGUAAUUUUGAAAGGUGUCGGUUUCAAGUAAAAUCAGCACUUAACAUAGAAUAUUUUCGAGCUAUGUUGACCGAGUACAAGGAUCAGGAAUUGUGUGAUUUGAUAGAAUUUGGUUUUCCUUUGGGAUUUCACGAGGAUAUCAAUGCUCCGGUAGGUAUUCGGCCACAUGAUACUGAAAGCGCAUGUACAGAGCAUUUCGAAUUUGGGCCACAGGACAUCACAGUCAAUCAUAAGGGAGCCAUUGAUUAUCCAAAACAAAUGGAUGAGUAUCUAAAAAGGGAGGUGGAGGCAGAGGCCAUUUUAGGUCCACUCGAGGUAAAUCCUCUCAGUACACCUAUUAAAUUAUCUCCUCUCAAUUCUGUACCUAAAAGAGACUCGAAGGAAAGAAGGAUAAUACUGGACCUCAGUCUCCCAAAGGGUAAGUCUGUCAAUGCUCAUAUUCCCAAGGAUACAUAUCUGGGUAAGCCCAUCAAUCUAACAUAUCCCAGAGUAGAUGAUCUGGUUGAGCUGGUCAAAGAGAAAGGUAAGGGAUGUCAUUUGUUUAAGAGAGAUCUCAAACGUGCCUAUCGUCAAAUCCCUAUAGAUCCUGGGGACAUUCAUCUUGUGGGAUAUAUGUGGAGUGGGAAAAUUUAUUUGGACAGAGUUUUAUCCAUGGGUCUUAGAUCUGCAGCUUAUAUAUGUCAAAGACUCACUUCUGCUGUCUCCUUUAUAUGCCUACAAGCCGGAUAUUACAUCCUCAAUUAUUUGGAUGAUUUCGGGGGUGCCGAGGAGCAGUCAAAAAGCAACGAUGCAUUCGAGUACCUAGGUACAGUAUUGCACAAUUGUGGUCUAGUUGAGUCUUUAGAAAAAGCUGUUCCUCCCUCCACUAGAAUGGUGUUCUUAGGAGUACUAUUUGACACAGAAAACCUGACGUUAGAGGUACCAUCAUUCAGGUUACAGGAAAUAAUGGACUUGUUGGUGGUCUGGUUAGACAAAGAGGUGGCAUCUCUCCAGCACAUUCAGUCACUGUUGGGGGCAGCCUUUAAGAAGUUAGAGGAUGAUUUAAAAAUCUCCAUGAAGGCGGCCUUUGCAGAAGAUAUCAGUUGCUACCAGUCGGAAUUGUACGAAAGUAUUGUGAACAAAGAUGAUGACUGUAUGGAACUUGUGAAGAAAUAUGAAGAGGUCAUCAGAAAAGAAAUUGAAAUCAAGGUUGGUACAUUGUGUCAGUGUGGACGGGAAUCUGAAAAACAUUUUGUACAAGAAACUCACCAAUCAAAAGAAGUGUUUGAAAAAAUGUCCCAAAUGAUACGUCAUGGCAAUUGUUUAUGUGGACCUGUCCAUCACAACAAUGGGACUGUUGUCAAAUUCACAUUUGUCCACGUUGCUGCCGCGGCAAACAACGUGGAACUGUUGCAACUGCUUGCAUCCAAUGCUGAACUGUUUAAACAGCAGACAUCAUUACUGAAUCUUUCGCCUAUUUUUAUUGCUGUGACCCUGAGAAACGAAGAAGCUACUAAUUUCCUCCUCACACAGGAUAUAGAUAUUAACGCUGAUUGUACCACAGAACAAUUAACAAUCCUGCUACGUGCCGUGAAGCAGAAAAAUGUUAAACUGGUUGAAAGAAUAUUGCGAUUUCCUAGUGUAAAUGUUGAUAUGAAGAACUUAGGAGGGAAGAACCCUGCCACUUUGUCAUUACAUUGGCAAUGUAAAGAGAUAUUCGACAUGUUGAUAGAUGCUGGAGCAGACGUCAAUGUUACAAUUGGAAGGACUGACAACAGUCUGCUUAUGAUGGCCGUCACUAGAGGAAUGGGCUAUGUUACUAAACUUAUUGAAAAGGGUGUCGAUGUGAACUACACCAAUCCACGGAACGAGUCAGCUCUGCACUUUGCUGUGUAUGUAGACAAUGCCAAGAUUGUAAAAGUGCUGUUGGAUGCUAAAGCUGAUCCAGACCUUAAAGAAUUACGUAAUCAAAUGACUCCCAUAGUGAUUGCUGCCAGCCAUGGGGAAACAGCUGUGGUAGAAGUCCUUGCCAGAAAUGGAGCAGACGUCAACAUACCUUCUGUUCAGGGGUAUAAUGGAUUGCACGUGGCAGUGUGGGAGGGCCACACAGCCAUGUUAAAGGUUCUGCUAGAGUGUGAAGGAAUAGAGCAUGACAGGUUGACAUCCGACAAAAACACUCCCCUGGGACAGGCGUGUCACGGAGGCCACCAACAGGCAGUGGAGAUGCUGCUGCCAAUGGGUUGUAAUGUGAACAAUCAAGAUAACGACAAUCACACCCCCUUGCACUUUGCUACAUACAAUGGCAUGACGGACACCGUUCGAUUGCUUCUGGAACACGGAGCAGAUCCUGACCUUAGAAAUAAAUCCAACGUCUCGCCACUAUGGAAUGCUAUAUAUGGAAAACAUACGGAGAUCGUAAAAAUACUGCUUGGAAUGAAUGUGGUAAUGGAGGUUAAUAGUGUAGGCACAAACCAGCACUCCAACUUUUACGCAGUUGUUCCACUCUUUAAUUCCCCAAGGUCCACUCUGUACGUGGCUGUCCACCAUGAGUGUACAGAUAUUGUGUACCUUUUCCUCUCUGCCGGAUACAAUGUGAAUGGAGAACAAUGGCUCCUGAGGGGAGACUAUUCAGAGUUUGAGCAACAGAAAAACAUUUUGACAGUUUUAACGAAGCAGGCUAGUCAACCACCUCGCCUCAUUUCUAUCUGUCGUAACUAUUUCAGGAGGUCUCGAUCUGAACUUACAAGUGACAUAAUAUUACUGCCAAAAAGGACAUCAACAAUGGCUUCAGAAAAGAAAAAGAUGAAUGUGAUAGAAAUCAAGAGGUACCAGUCGGAGUUGUAUGAAAGUAUUAUGAACAAAGAUGCUAACUGUAUGGAACUUGUGCAGAAAUAUGAAGAGGUCAUUGAAAAAGAAAUUGAAAUCAACAUUGGUUCAAUGUGUCGAUGUGGACGAGAAUUUGAACAUCAUUUUAUACAAGAACCUCACCAAUCAAAACCAAUGAUUGACAAAAUAUCGGAGAUGAUACGUCGUGGCGAGUGUAAAUGUGGCAGAGAAGGUCCUGGCCUUCACAAAGUCGGGAUUGUCAAAUUAACAUUUGUCCACGUUGCUGCCUCGGCAAACAACGUGGAACUGUUGCGACUGCUUGCAUCCCAUGCCGACUUGUUCAAACAGCAGACAUCAUUAAUGAAUCUUUCGCCUAUUUUUAUUGCUGUGACCCUGAGAAACGAAGAAGCUACGGAUUUCCUCCUCACACAGGAUAUAGAUAUUAACGCUGCUUGUACCACAGAACAAUUAACAAUCCUGAUGCGUGCCGUGCAGCAGGAAAAGGUCAAACUGGUUGAAAGAAUAUUGCGAUUUCCUGGCGUUGACCUUAAUAUGAAGAACGUACGAGGGGAGAGCCCUGCCACUUUGUCAUUAGAUUGGCAAUGUAAAGAGAUAUUCGACAUGCUGAUAGAUGCUGGAGCAGACGUCAACAGCACAACGGGAUCGGGUGAAAGCAGUCUACUCAUGAUAGCCGUUUCUAAAGAGUUGGACUAUGUUACUAAACUCAUCGAAAAGGGCGUGAAUGUGAACUACACCAAUGAGCGCAAUGAGUCAGCUCUGCACUUAGCUGUAUAUGUUCGUAAUGUUGAAGCAGUGAAAGCCUUGUUGGAAGCUAACAUUGAUCCCAAUGUUAGAGAGACCGGUGAAGAAAUGACUGCCGUAGCAAUGGCUGCCAACCACCUGGGGGAAACGGCUUUGGUGGAAGCUCUUGCCAAAGGUGGAGCAGACGUGAAUAUACCUUCAGAUCAGGGGUACAAUGGAUUGCACAUGGCAGUGUGGAAUGGCCACACAGCCAUUGUUAAGGUUCUGCUAGAGGCUGAAGGGGUAGAGCAUGACAGGAUGACAUCCGACAAAAACACUCCCCUGGGACUAGCGUGUCACGGAGGCCACCAACAGGCAGUGGAGAUGCUGCUGCCAAUGGGUUGUAAUGUGAACAAUCAAGAUAAAGACAAUGACACAGCCUUGCACUUUGCUACAUACAAUGGCAUGACGGACACCGUACGAUUGCUUCUGGAACACGGAGCAGAUCCUGACGUUAGAAAUAAUUACAAUGUCUCGCCACUAUGGAAUGCCGUUUAUGGGAAACACACGGAGAUAGUAAAAAUACUGCUUGGAAUGAAUGUGACAAUGGAGGUGAACUGCAUAGGCACCGACCAUCAUUCAAACACUGUCGAAGUUGUGCCACUCUUCAAUUCCCCAAGGUCCACUCUGUACGUGGCUGUCCACCAUGGGUGUACAGAUAUUGUGUACCUUCUCCUCUCUGCCGGAUACAACAUAUACAGAGAACAAUGGCUCCUGAGAGGUGACUAUUCAGAGUUACAACGACAUAAAAACAUUGUGACAAUGCUAACGAAGCAGGCUAGUCAACCGCCUCGCCUCAUUUCUAUCUGUCGUAACUAUUUCAGGAGGUAUGGUAAUCCACUCAAGAUCAAGGAACUUGUGCUUGCCCUCAAGCUGCCAGAAUACUUGAAAAAUUACCUUUUGUUGGCUGAGUUAUUGAUCAAGUCCUGAAAAAUACAGUGAUCAGCAAUAUACAUGUAUUCUGUGCCCGACUUUCAGGAUAGCUACUUGUUUGAUAUUAUUAUACAUUUAUAUAUUUAUAUAUUUUUUUGAGAAUAACUAUUUUUGCUUGUUUUAAUGCCGGAAAGUUCUAAGACCACCUUACCAAUUUGACCUACCAGAAUUGUAUCAUAAAUAUGCACUUAAGUAUCUCAUUUCUGUUUGAAAAAUUACCUGUUGUUUGCCGAGUUAUUGAUCCAAGUCCUGAGAAAACUUGAGCUAAAUCUCAGGUGACUAUUUAUUGUGCGUCGUCUGUCAUCCGUUUACAUUUUACAUUUUCAACUUAAGCUGAAAUACUGUCUAAGGGAUUUCAUUGAUACUUCAUGGGAA